AUGCAUUCAGUCCCGGAGAUUCCGGGAUUCUACUACGAUAACCAGAAGAAGAAAUACUUCAAGAUCACUGCGACCCAUACCAAUACCACGUCCGUAUACAAUGCCGAUCGGGUGAAGCAGGAAAAGGAAGCGGCUCAGGAAGCAGAGGAGCAGCGCCGUGAAGAGGAAGCAAUGCGACCAUUGCUCAAAAGAAGACGUCGUAUCAGCGAUAGCAGCAACGGUGUCUUCAACUACCGGCUGAGAAUGCAAAUGGGGCUUUUGAAGCCGGAAGCUCGAAGGGAUGGCGACUUGUCAAUGUGGGCCAACAUGAUCUGCGAGGAACGGAUCAUCACAGCCACUAGAGAUAAGAAGCUUUCGGGCUUGGAAACUGCGCCCGGGCUCGGUGGCUGCUUCACAUUCGCGCCAAACCAGGGACUUAGAUGGUACUCUCAACCGCCUGAUGAUUCAUUUUAUGAAGUUAGAAACACGGCUUCGAGAACCGUCAAGCUGCCAGGAAUGGAGAAUCGAAUGACAUCAUCUGCGAUUAUGCCUGAAGGGAAAGGUGUUCUAGUCGCUUCUGGACAGACAUAUGCUACUGUAUCUCUCGAUAAAUCCGGACAUCCAAACAUUGAUUCAGUUGUGAAUAUCCCUGACGCUGGUUGUAUCUGGGCCUGUGCUACUCACGAGUCCGGGCUCACUGCAAUCGGUGGUAGCCACAAGGCAGGAAAACGUGGUCUUCUUUCCCUGACUUCGAGCAUCGCCCCUUCUUUGCUUAUUCGCCCGGAGAGCGAUGUUCUGGCACUCGAAUACAUCGACAGGAAUACUCUCCUUGCUGGCUCUCGGAACGGUAAAAUUCAGAUUUACGAUAAUAGACGUAACCUCGAAAAGGAUAUCGCUCACGAGACCGCUCUUGCCUCGCAUGUAUCCUCGAUUACUCAUAUGCGAAAGCUGAGUAAUGAUCAUUACGUUCUGGUUAAUGGGCUUGGAAGCCAAGCAGUCCUUCAUGAUCUCCGUUACUGCCGACCAAUGACUGGCCACCAGCGAGGAAGCAAACCAAAGAGUCCGACUCAACCAGUUCUCACAUACAAGAAUUUCAACAAAUCAACCAUUAAAUUGGGAUUCGAUGUCGACCAUUCCGAGGAGCUGGUUGCAUUGGCCGGAGAGGACAACAAGAUCCGUAUCUACUCAAUUUCCACCGCAGAGUUGAUCAAAACUCUUGACUUGGAAGACGAAGUUCUCUCAAUCAAAUUCUCUAAGGACGAGUUGGACAGCUGUCGGGAUCUAUAUGCGACAUCUGGGCGACGUGUCUAUCGGUUCCACACCAAUCCGCCAUCGGAAGACAGUAUGGAUUUCGAUGAUUAG